CAGUAGCUCAGUCGUUACCACCACCGACACCGACUGGAGUGCAGCAACAGACCGGGCAGAGCGGACGCCUGUCCGGAUGGAGGACGAACCGAUCACUUGAUUCGUGGCGGUACUCGUGGCAUGCGGCAUGAUCGGCGUCUGGGAAUGUAAUAUUUUUUGCGGAAAACGGGCUCACGUGCAGAGUUGUUGUUCCUGGGAUGUGAUUAUGAUUCCAUUAUGUUGCGUGCACAGUCAGCGUGAUUUGCUAUGGUGAUACUACGAGCUAACCCCGAGCUAGCAGAGGGAUUGUUUUGGGAGAUACCUAUUUGAAAAAAGAACUCACACGUUGACACAUGAAUUAGACGCUUUUUCGUGAGUUUUCGUCAAGCUGGAACACGAGGGGGAAUGUCUAACCAAGGAGUUAGGAGAAAUGGCCCAGUAAAGCUGCGGUUGACAGUCCUGUGUGCAAAGAACCUCGCAAAGAAAGACUUCUUUCGAUUGCCAGAUCCAUUUGCCAAAGUAGUGGUGGAUGGUUCAGGACAAUGCCACUCUACAGAUACUGUGAGAAAUACAUUGGACCCAAAGUGGAAUCAACAUUAUGAUCUAUACAUUGGGAAGGCAGAUUCCAUUACUAUCAGUGUAUGGAACCACAAGAAGAUCCAUAAAAAGCAGGGGGCAGGGUUCCUUGGCUGUGUCCGCCUUCUGUCUAACGCCAUCAACAGACUCAAAGACACAGGCUAUCAGAGACUGGAUCUGAAUAAGCUGGGACCCAAUGACAAUGAUACUGUGAGAGGACAGAUAGUAGUAAGUCUCCAGUCCAGAGAUCGUAUCGGGACCGGAGGACCAGUAGUGGACUGCAGUCGCCUGUUUGAUAAUGACUUACCUGACGGCUGGGAAGAAAGAAGGACAGCAUCUGGAAGGAUACAGUACCUGAACCACAUCACACGCACCACGCAGUGGGAGAGACCCACCAGACCAGCAUCAGAGUACUCCAGCCCAUCAGGACGUCCGCUGAGCUGCGUGGUGGACGAGAACACGCCAGUGAUGACACCCGUUAAUGGUGCCGAAGCCAGUGGUGCUCUGGGCGAACAUCGGAUCCAGGAGAGACGGGUUCGAUCACAGCGGCAUCGUAACUACAUGAGUCGAACACACCUGCAUACGCCGCCUGACCUGCCUGAGGGAUAUGAACAAAGAACAACUCAGCAGGGGCAGGUCUACUUCCUCCACACACAGACUGGAGUCAGCACCUGGCAUGACCCCCGAGUGCCCAGGGACUUAAGCAAUGUAAACUGUGAGGAGCUGGGCCCGCUGCCACCAGGCUGGGAGAUCAGGAACACUGCUACCGGACGCGUCUACUUUGUCGACCACAACAAUCGAACAACACAGUUCACAGAUCCACGACUGUCUGCUAACCUGCAUCUAGUGCUAAACAGCCCAAGCCCAAAUGGUUCCCGUGUGGCCAUGGAAAGCCAAAACACUAACCUCAGUCAUCCACCUCAGUUGAAGGACCAGGGUGGUCCUGGUGGCCCUCAGCAAGCUCUGUCCCCAGCUCAGUUGCCCGAAGAAGCAGAGUGCCUGACGGUGCCCAAAUACAAGAGAGACCUGGUGCAGAAGCUGAAGAUCCUGCGACAGGAACUCUCUCAGCAACAACCCCAGGCCGGACACUGCCGCAUCGAGGUCUGCCGUGAGGAGAUCUUUGAGGAGUCAUACCGGCAGGUGAUGAAGAUGCGUCCUAAAGAUCUUUGGAAAAGACUGAUGAUCAAAUUCAGAGGAGAAGAGGGGCUGGAUUAUGGCGGGGUUGCAAGGGAAUGGUUGUACCUGUUGUCCCACGAGAUGCUGAACCCCUACUACGGCCUGUUCCAGUACUCCAGAGAUGACAUCUACACUCUGCAGAUUAACCCAGACUCUGCUGUCAACCCAGAGCAUCUGUCAUACUUCCACUUUGUGGGGCGCAUCAUGGGCAUGGCGGUGUUUCACGGCCACUACAUUGACGGAGGAUUCACUCUGCCCUUCUACAAACAGCUGCUGGGAAAACCGAUCACGCUGGACGAUAUGGAAUCUGUUGACCCCGACCUCCACAACAGUCUUGUCUGGAUUCUGGACAACGACAUCACUGGUGUCCUGGACCACACGUUCUGUGUGGAGCACAAUGCCUAUGGAGAAAUCAUCCCACAUGAACUUAAGCCCAACGGGAAAAGUAUCUCUGUGACAGAGGACACCAAGAAGGAGUAUGUCAGGCUUUAUGUAAACUGGCGUUUCCUUCAUGGCAUCGAGGCUCAGUUUCUGGCCCUGCAGAAAGGCUUCAAUGAGGUUAUUCCGCAGCAUCUGCUCAAAUCCUUCGACGAGAAGGAGCUGGAGCUGAUCGUGUGUGGCCUGGGGAAGAUUGACAUCUCUGACUGGAAGUCUAACACUCGUCUGAAGCACUGCACCCCCGACAGCAACAUCGUCAAGUGGUUUUGGAAAGCUGUGGAGUCGUUUGACGAGGAGAGGAGGGCUCGGCUGCUGCAGUUUGUUACCGGCUCGUCUAGAGUCCCACUGCAGGGCUUCAAGGCUUUACAGGGCGCUGCAGGGCCCAGACUCUUCACCAUUCAUCAGAUCGAUGCCAACACCAAUAACCUGCCCAAAGCCCAUACCUGCUUCAAUCGGAUUGACAUUCCGCCCUACGAGAGCUACGACAAACUAUACGACAAGCUACUGACGGCGAUCGAGGAGACGUGUGGCUUCGCAGUGGAAUGAGAGCCAAAUAUGAGAGCGUUUGUGUCUGAACAUGUGUAACUGUGCAGGACUCUGAUAGAUGAAAACCGUCACUGCGACGUGCUGACAGGCUCGAUCAGAACCGACAGUCUUCCUCUUCUCUCACCACGGUCCACAUUCUUCCCUUAUCGAUAUCUGUUUGAACAGCUGCUAUAGAGUCCUCCCCAUCAUGUUUUUCUUCCUUCUUUUUUUGGUUUAGUUCUUGUGAAAUACAGACAGCGAACUAGGAGCUGCUAAGAGCUGCUUAACAUUUUUGUUUCUUACCAGGAUUGUUGGUUUUUUUUAAGUCAGUUUUGCUUUGCAGUCACAAAAAGAAUCUAAUGCGAUUAGGAAACAUGUCAACUUCCACUUGAACGUCUUAUAUAAUGUUUCUCUCUUCCCAAACAUUUGACAACCAUGAUUCACUAUUUUGUUUUUCAACUUUCACUGACUGAUCCAUGUCAUGCUACUGAAUCUCUAACACUGCAGGUAGCCAUAUGUUUCCCUUCGUAGCCAUCUCAACCUCACCUUAUACACCUUCUGGUCCUCAUGUCUGCAGAGUUGGUGUGCUUCAUCUUGUGGCGGUGCUACAAAUUCAUCCUACCUCAGUGUAAUGCUUCGAUAAUUGACGGGUUUCAUUCCAAAAUGCUAUGUAUCAUCCUUCGAGAGGGUCACUAGACGAUUUAAUUCCAAACUAGAAAAGAAUCUCUGUAGUUUGUACAGCUGAGCGAUCCAUAGUUAAUUUGAUUUUCACACCAGCGUCCAUUUUGUACCUUUCAAACCAUAUCAUUUGAGUAGCAAACAUGUCAUUUUGAAAUGGAACUCAUGCCAGCUGACUUGGGUGUCGGUCUGAAGUUUUGUGGCAGAUUGAGGGACGCACUGUGGUGAAGAAGAAGGUAUGAAUUAUGUUUUUUCCAUAAAUUGCUGCAGUGUGGCCACAGCUCUUGUAAACGUGUGUGUCUGUACGCUUCUGCAUGUGUGUGCAAAUGAACAUUUGUAUACAAGGAAAGUCGACACGUAGUUUCCCUUCAUCUCCUCCCACAGCGUCCUGUGUGUCACUGCAGAGCUAAUUGAACCUCACUGUUUGAGCCUCUUCCUUUUCUCUUAUUCACACGUUUGUCUCCAGCAGUAUGCAUGUUUUUAUUUUUAUUUUAUUUUUUUUAUAUCUACUCAAGCUUAACCCAGCACACUUGAUGUCAGAUUAUAUGUGAAAACUGUCCACACGGGAUGAGGCUUGAUACAAAGCUAUUCAAAGCAGAUGUCUAUUUUGUAGUCACAUCAUCAGUAUGAAUAGGCAGAAGUAUUUCUUUCUUUCGCUCUCUCUCGUCACUUUAGAGCACUUUACAAACUGAGCAGUGAUGGCAGGAGUGCUUUCUUCACAUUAGAUUAAAAUAUAUCAUUUUUCAUUUGCUAUACAACUACAUUAGAAAUAUUCAGAGAUAAAAAAGUAUCUAUACACCUGUAAUUUUUGAGUAUAUAUGUACAAAUACAUAGCUAUUUUGUAUAUUGUUGCUUGUUUGUUCUAUUCAGUUUAAAUGCAAGCAUGUUGGUGUCUGUCACAGACCUUUUUGCAUUCUCAGGUGAAGUCGUCCUUUGUUUUUUUUGUUUUUGUUUUUUUAAUUUUCCAUUAGGCUCGUAUGUGAGGAGGGGUAAAACUGGUUGCAAUUGAAACUAUAUACAGAGGCCCUGUCUUAAACCUGCGUUAAUGAAAACCUGGCAGUUUAAAGCGACAUUUUCUUUCGGGCUGUCAAACGCAUACCUUCAUAGGAGAACAUGAAUGGCCACAUUUGCUGCUCUGAGGGUCUGUGCCGCCACUGAACACCUAAUAGCACAGAUGACAAUAUUAUUUGAUAUGCAUAGGAGCAGUCUGUCUACAACAUGAAUUUUAAAGGCAAAAAAAAAGAACAGACUUUAUGCUGUUGGUGGCCUGAGAUCCUUUAGAGCUGCAAAUGUUGGAGGUUGACUGCUGCUGAAUUCUGGGUGCUACACGGUGAAAACGCUCAACCAAAGCGAAAAGUCACUGAGAAGCAGAGAGGCAACAGUGAGGAGCAUCUCCAUCAACAGCCUCUAUCCACAAAACCCACUGCAUGAAUGGAUGCUUGAGAGAUAAAGCCUAUUUAUUUGCAGAAUUGUUGCUCUUAGAAAAUGUUCUGACUAGGAAAAAUCUCUUAAAUAUUCUUUAAUUUGUUUUUGUAUGCUGCCUGCAUUUAUUUGCAAACACAAACAGCUUUGCCAGCAGAUUCUCCCAGUAUCAAACCUUGAUUUUUAAAUUUUUUUUUUUAAGUUUGUGGUCACGAGACAAAACAAAUUGUGUGUUUUUGUGCAGUUACACAGAAUUUAUUUGAUCUUACCUUUUAUAACUUUACUCAGAGGCAGAAAAGAAAUGCAUAACAAGUUUUUUUGCACACAUUAUGCAUACUUGGGCUCCAAGUUAUAAUCCAACACUUCCUUCUAUUUACCAAAUAGUUAUUGGACUGAUUAUUAUUUUUAUGUAGAUAACAUAUAUAUAAAUAUAUAUAUACACACACACACAGACACACGUUCUUGAUAUGCACACGUAUGUUUGUCCUGCAGACGCAGUCCACUUCUGCUCUUUAACUUUCUGUUGGCGUCACAUUUUUCUGGCUGUUUUAGUUGCUUCCAGACAAGAGGAAAUUGCACUUUUCUCAGUUUAGCAGCCGAAUCGAUCCGACGGUCUCACCAACUUUGAAUUUGCAGGUUAUUUAACUUGUGUCAAGUGUCUGUGAUAUAUUGAGAUCUUUGUCUGCUAUGAUUGAUCUUAGACAGCUACGGCCAAAAUCACGUGAUUAAAUAAUGAUGUAAAAAAACAAAACAAGCUGUUUAAUGUUUGGCAAACUCUCUCUCCCCACGCUUUAAUGACAAAUUUACAGGUUUAUGUGCAAAUACUUGUGUGUGUGUGUGUGUUAAUGACUUUUGAUUGAAUCCAGUACAAAAAAAAAGUUUUUUAACUGCACCAUGUUUUUCUUUUGAUUUCUAUCUGUUUUUGUAUUUAUUAUUACAGUAUAUGUGUUCAUAGUUUUUCACAUCAGCUGCUCUGUGAGUUUGUAACUGACACCUGUACACAAGGACAAUAAAGAAGCUAAGUAAUAAACUUCUUGUACCCUUGCAGAAAGCUGAGCAAUAAAACUAUGCUGUUCGGACCUAACAGCAUUAUGUUUUAUAGAAA